AUGAAGCGCGAUCGGCGCGGGCGGUUCCUGGCGGCCCCGGGCGGCCCCCGGGCCCCCCCCGCGCCCCGCCGGACCCCCGGCACGGCCGCCCGCGGCACCGAGCCCGCCGAGCCCCCCGCGGCCGCCGCCUGCGCACCGGAGGCAGCUGAAGGCUGGGCUAAGGAGGUAGCUGGGAUGAAGGGGAGGGGAACACCUUUGGGUGCAUCAGUGCCGUCCCUCGGCAGCUGCGUUCGUUCCUCCUCGGCAGGAAUCAGCAGAGCGCUGAGCACCGGCUACUGCCGCCUGUGCCACGGCAAGUUCUCCUCGCGAAGCCUGCGCAAUGCCUUCGGGAAGGUGCCCGUGCUGGGGGAAAACUCGGAGAAGCAGCGGCGGGUGGACCAGGUGUUCUUCGCCGACUUCCAGCGCCUGGUGGGCGUGGCGGUGCGGCAGGACCCCGCGCUGCCACAGUUCGUCUGCAAGAAAUGCCAUGCCCAGUUCUACAAGUGCCGCAGCGUCCUCCGCACCUUCAUCCAGAGGGUGAAUGCCUCGCCCACGGGCCACGCCAAGUCCAAAGGAAAGAGCAGCGGGGUCCAGGCGCAGCCGGGUAUGGAAGGAGGUGCCUCCUGCCUGGUUGACCUGAUCACGUCGAGCCCGCAGUGCCUGCACAGCCUGGUGACGUGGACGCACGCCCAUGCCGGGAGCUGCGCCUCGGUGCCCGGGCUGCGCAGCGUGCUCUCCUCCGAGUACUGCGGCAUCAUCCGCGCCGUCUGGGGCUGCGGCGACGGCCACGACUACGUCAUGGACACGGACUCGGACUGCAGCUCCCUGCUGCUGGACAACGCCCUGUCCGUCAAACGGGAGUGGAGCAAGGGCGCGGCACAGCAGCGCUUGACUGACAACGGGGCCGGGGCAGACGAUACCGAGGCUGUUCCUGCUCCCAAAGCCCAGCCUGCUCCAGUAAGGACAGCUCCUUGCCAGCAGCCUGCCAACAAAGGGACCACGGUGGUGCCACUGAAUGUGGAGAAUGAGCCACCACAGGACAGGGAUCCCUCUCCCUCGCAGCUGGACAGCACGGCCUCUGUCCGGGAGCAGGCCCUGCCACAGCCUGUCUCCCCACUGAGCACUGCCACAGGACAGUUGAGUGGGAAGCAGGUUCUGUCUGCAACGUCGGAUGAGCGGGUAAAAGACGAGUUCAGUGACCUUUCUGAGGGGGACUUCUUGAGUGACGAUGAAAGCGAGAAGAGAAACGUGCAAUCUUCAGAUGACUCCUUCGAGCCUUACCCCGAGAAGAAGGUUUCUGGCAAGAAAAGCGACAGCAAAGAAGCAAAGAAGGCAGAAGAGCCCAAAAUAAGGAAGAAGCCGGGGCCUAAGCCAGGCUGGAAAAAAAAGAUCAAAUGUGAACGGGAGGAGCUGCCCACCAUCUACAAGUGUCCUUACCAGGGCUGCACUGCUGUCUACAGAGGGGCUGAUGGCAUGAAGAAACACAUCAAAGAGCACCACGAGGAGGUGCGGGAGAGGCCCUGCCCUCAUCCUGGCUGCAACAAAGUGUUCAUGAUCGACAGGUACCUACAGCGGCACGUCAAGCUCAUCCACACAGAGGUACGGAAUUAUAUCUGUGAUGAGUGUGGGCAGACCUUCAAGCAACGCAAACACCUCUCGGUCCAUCAGAUGCGGCACUCAGGAGCAAAGCCCCUGCAGUGUGAGAUCUGUGGCUUCCAGUGCCGCCAGCGUGCGUCCCUCAAGUACCACAUGACCAAACACAAAGCCGAGGCCGAGCUGGAGUUCGCCUGUGACCAGUGCGGGAAGCGCUUCGAGAAGGCUCACAACCUCAACGUCCACAUGUCCAUGGUGCACCCUCUGACCCAGACUCAGGACAAAGCCAAGCCGCUGGAGCCAGAGCCCAUCCUCCUCCUCACUACUUCAGGGACUGCAGAAGGCCAGGCAGUGAAGCCAGAAGUGACUGCAGAGCCCGAGCCCACCUGAGGGCACGGCCAUGAGUUCCCAGCCCAGCCCCAUAGAAGCCGUUUGGCAGUGGAGAUUUUUAAUCUACGUUUUAGUCUCCCAAAGAACUCUGUGGAUUUAGCUUCAGCUUGCUCAGAAAAGGCUUGUUCUCAUGCAGUGAUUUCCAUGCUCACGUCUGAUUCAGCAGUGUUGUACUAAGAGUGUCUAAUCCCAGGGGAGGGGACCCCUUCGUGUCCCCAGCCCCACGCACACGUUGUAGAAACCAAGUUGGCCACAACUGUUCCCUGCCUGCACAGAGGUGCCCCUGGGGGCUCGAGGGGGACAGAGGACAGUGGGACAACUUUAAGGAGACGUUUUGUUUUGGAAAAGAAG